UAGGAAUAGUUAAGAGCUGAGGGAAUUAUAAAUAAUUUCCAUAGACGAAAGAUAUGGACGGGAACUAUCUUGGGAUGCUAUAUGUUCACAUCUCCACCGUAAUACCUGUUCAGAGCGAGAUUUCAUCAAGGCAAAGAGUCUGGUUUUAGAAAAUACAAUAAGGUGUCUUCACCUUUCCUUCAAUCUCCGUCUCAGGAAAUCACUGCAAGCCUACGGUAAGCACGUCUACUCGGAAGUAAGUCCACCAAGUGCAAUGCGAUUUACUCCCAGGAAAGUACCGGUAUGUCUAAGACUACAACAACCUAAACCCAGAGAGGUUAGGCUGUAGUUCGGUCAGUCACGCUGAACAUCCUGGGAGUUCAGAUCACGCUUCUCCACCGCAACCGUCUUUCAAGGCGGCUCCCAAUUUUAAUUUUUUUAAAUAAUCGACACCAAAACCCAGUGGGAAAAUAAAGACUAAAACUAAGUUGUCCAAGGGACAACUGUCUCCAGCUACGUUACUGCUUGAGGCACGUCAACACAAAGGUGCUGGAUGCGUUCAAAGACAAAUUGAUUUUGGGGGUGGGGGCAGCUUACAUUUGCAAAAGUAAUGCGACUUGGCCAUCUCUUUUUCAGCCCUAAAAGCAGGGCUGUUAUUUUUAACUGAGGACAAGGUAGCUGUGAGAAGCCACACCUGUUGGAUUACUGCCUGACAGGCAACUGCUCAUAGCAGAAAGCAUUUGUUCGGGAGUGGGGAGGUGGGUACACGCUUGCUUUCCUCUUUAUUCGCUUGUGUUAGCUGGAUCGAUGGUGCUAGAGACCUCGCUUUCCUUGGCGGCUGAGAGGUUCUCGGUUUCCUAAUUUGUUCUGUAGCGGGAGAGGAGGUUCAACGAACAUUCAGAAUGUCAGGGCAUCUUUCUGAUUCGAAGUCACAAGCUAGUUAAACCGAAGUCACUUCGAUUUUUAGAUCAUUAAGACCAACCUGGGGCUUUCAGUUUUAAGGCUCCUAACUCACUAGUUUAAAAUAAGUCGGAGCCAGAUGAAGAGGAGCUUCUUUGAACUUCGGAGGCCUAGGUGGAGUCUGCUUUGAUAAAUGACCCUCCACAUCCGAUGUAAUACUGGUUUGAAUCAGCUGGGCCCAGGAAAGAGAGCAGGGCUGCUCUGGAAAGAAUCGCGUGUUUUCCUGAUCCCCUUUUACGUAAGUCACAUCCAAUUCAUUUUGUCCUUUAAGCAACUGAGCAGGGGGUAGUUAUCUAGGUCUAGGAUAUCAUUCGAGGGCAUGCCGUGGAGAACAGAAGACGCCACCUCUAGUUCAGUGUUGUCUAAACUGGCUGGCAACGGCUCUCCAGGAAGAGGGUCUUUCCCAACUCUACCCGGAGAUGCCGGACCCCGAACCUGGGACCUUCUGCAGAAACCAAUUCUAGCGCAAGAGAUUUGCAAAUUAAGGUGGGUUCGGAAGUCCUAAGAAACUGGUAUCGCCCUUAAUGAUCACUCUUAGCAUUCCGUCUUUCCUGUAAAGAGUUGCCAGAGGGCAACAGGUGCUUGCGUUUAGACUACAUAAAAGCAGGAACACUUAUGAAUCUAGGGCCUGCUCAGGGUACAACCAACAACCAUUUUUCUGAGCCCCCCCCCUCCCGAAAUUAUUUGAAGCUUCGGUUCGGAUUGAAAUCCAGGAGGCUUUGAUUGUCGUUUUUAUAAUGCAAAUCAGAAAUGAAUAGGCUUCGGGUUUGAUGCAUCUACUUACCGGUACAUUUUUACGCUAAUCUCAAAAUCGCCAGAGCCGGUAAAUCUCACCUAUCCGGAUGUAUUUGGAAACAGCGCAAAAUCCAACCCAAGUAUUCCAGCUAGCAGACUCAACUCUCUGGAAGUCAACAAUCCAAUCCUACCUCUGCGAGUUUGUUCUUUAAUGGGGCUUACUCCUAAGUAAGUGUGGCGAACCCAUUGAAACAACCUACUUCCAAGUAAACGUCGCUGGGAAUGGGUUGUUGUGGCUGUAGGCUUACGCACGGUUAUUUGGGGAGUAAACUCUAUUUAAACUUAACAAGACUCGAGACUGCAUACUACAGAAUAUGUAGAAUAGGGCUAGAAUCAGCAGUGGAAAAGCCUAUUUCAGUCCGAAAGGAGAAGAUUAACCGCUUAAUGGAAAUAUAUCAAGCUAUAUAGUGUCAUAUUAGCUUACGAGGAUGUGGUUGGCUGCGCUGAUUCGAAGCCCGGCCAAAUCUGACAAAUUCCUCGCUAUCAGCCAGAAACCAGAUUCGCUUUUUCAUUUUCUUUUUUAAGGUCUUCCCCUCGAACUUUGACCUAGUAGCGCCAUCAAGGAUUUGGGGGAGGGGGCGAGAUCGUUUUGAAACCACAGUAUUUCUGCUUAACUCUGUUGUGCCCGAGACAGAAAUAUACUUUUUUUAAAAAAGUCACCCUGUCCUGGAGCUUGAGAAUUCACGAGCUCUUUCGCGCACCCUCUUCUUUCCCUGACUUUUAACAUCUAAUGAGAAGAAGGAAGCGUUGCAUCCUCUACUUCAAAUUUCGGCUGGGGUCGGUUCCAGUUCCGCGUGGAAUAAGCGAACAAACUCGCUCAAUGAGGUUUCGGGACAGUUUCGUGAAACUGACAAGCUCGCCUUACAGCCCAGUGGCACAACUGCAAAACGGUCGGUCGGUUUUAAUGCACCCUAAAAUUUGCAAGUUCAGUGUGAGGGUUUUCUGCGGUGGGAGAAAGCUCGGUUUUCAGAGUUUGUCAGCUGGUGCGCCAGAUCUUCUCUCCCUCCUCCCCCUUUUUAUGAGUCUUCGAAAAAAGCCCCAGGGCAAGGAUGGUCCCCUUUAGGGAGAAGAGAAGUGUUAAUCAACCCUAGUGAAUGCUACAUAUGAAUAGGCUAUGCAACAAAUGUGAUCCUAGACCUGGCUGGUCGGUAUCCGAAGCAAACCUUUCUCCUUAAGCCAAAACUUCAUGCCGCUUAUAAUUUUGAGUUGAUUUCCUGGGUGAGAAAAUCCUCCUUCAUAUAUUAUUACAUACAUUUUUUUUUAAGGUUUCGAAUGAAUGAUAGCAAAGCAAGGCUGCUCUCUCACAGUUAAAGCCGGUUUAAUUCGUGUCAUUUUUAAGCGUGGGGGGGGGUGGCUUAGUUGCCUUAGAGAAUUUGCAGAGAUAUAGAUGUACAGAUGCGUGUCAGUUUCAGAGAAUUCAGACGGGAAGCGAAUACGGAAUAACUGGGAUUUAAUGAUACGAAAAAUUUAGAACCUAAGAAAGGAUUUCAAAAGGGGGGGAGAUGUCGGCACAAUAGGGGUGAACGGUCAGAACAGAGAAAAGUAAUGGGGGGGGAAUGCUGAGAGAUUGGGGAGAGAAAAAAACCCUUUAAAAGUCCCAUUGAUGUUAAUAAGAUUUCCCAGAAGUAAUAAACGUAGCACGACUCUGCAUUAUUGACUCAGCUAGAAGUCCAAGGGAUUUAUUCCCACGCAAGGGUGUUUAAGGGUUAUAGCCUUCAAAUUCCGCCCUCUAUCAUGUAACCUCAGACAUUUAAAAGCCAAUUUCUCUCUCUAUAUAUAUGGAAGAACCCUGGGAACUAUAGUUUACCCCCUCCCCAGAGCUACCAUUCCGGGCACCCUGAACAAACCCUCUUUCCUGUAUAUUCACAAGCACGCACGACUUCCUCUGCCAGCCAGGGAGGCAGCUCUAAAAAGGAAAUAAUCGAGGGAGAAAUCAAGAGGCCUUGGCACUGCAAGAGAAUCCAUACCCUGCUUAAAAAAAAAAAACCUUAAGUUACUUUCUGGCUUUGGGGCAGGGAAAUCUCCCGAACUUUCCCCCCUCCUCCUUUUUAAAUGGUCGCCACCCAACCCAACCUUGCCCUACAUGCCUCUCUCCAGCUUGCCAGGAGGGGGGGCGGUCACGUGACGCGGCCCCCUCUCCCCGGCCGUAAAGGGGCCGAGCUGCAGAUGAAGGGAAUCACUUUAAGGCCGAGAUUAGGCGAGAGAGGAGCUCGUCUCCAGGCGCGAUAGGCGAGCCGGGUCCCCAGCAGCUAUCAGCGCAGCGGAUCAGAGAUAAGAGGCGCAGCCGGAGCAGCGGCGACGCAGCAGAGCCGCGCUUCAAAGGGAUGGGCAACUGAGCAAGACCCCGUUUUGCAUUUUUUUUGACGGGGGGGGGGGAGAGAGAUACUGGCAUUAGACUCCCUUUACACACAACCCUUUUCCUUUUGCCUGGGAUUUCCCCCCCCCCCUUUUGGAUUUUUUUAAAAAUUCUUUUACUUUGUUUCGAAUCGUCUCAACUCAGAAGUUUGCCUGCUCCAGCGUGCCUGAAAGCUGCUUCAGUUGUAGCUGUGUGGGAGGAUUAGCCAAGUUCUUCAUGUCAAACCUCCGGCCCUUGCCGUCCAACUGCCUUGUUUGUGCCCCACCAGCUGUGCUGCUCCUGCCUUGAAGGAUACAAAAUGUACCAGAGCUUAACUCUUGCCCCCAACCCUGGCCAAUCGGCAUACUCCCAUGACUCCAGCAACUUCCUGCACUCGCCAGCCAGCCCUGCCGUCUACGUUCCCACCAGCCGGAUGCCUUCCAUGCUCCAGAGCCUGCCUUACCUGCAGAGCUGUGAACCUGCCCACCAGGGCCACCCCCUGAGCAGCCACCCAGGAUGGGCGCAGCCGGCCAGCGCCGAGGCCUCGCACUUCAAUGCCAGCAGCCCUCACGCACCGCCGGGGUUCUCCUACUCCCACAGCCCCCCUGGCGGUAGUGGUGCCGGACGAGAAGCAGGCUACCAGAGCCCCUUGUUGCUGGGCACCGGGGGACGCGACCAGUAUGGCAAUUCACUGGUGCGCUCGGUCAACGGGUCCUACUCCAGCCCUUAUCCCGGGGCUUACGUCAGCUCUGCGGAGAUGCCGCCAUCUUGGACUGCAGGGCACUUCGAGAGCAGCGUCUUGCACAGCCUUCAGACGCGACAGGGGGGCUUGCCUGGCCGGAGACCCACAUUUGAGUUCUUGGAGGAAUUCCCCGGGGAUGGCAGAGAAUGUGUUAACUGUGGAGCGAUGUCCACUCCCCUUUGGAGGAAAGAUGGGACAGGGCAUUACCUGUGCAACGCCUGUGGUCUAUAUCACAAAAUGAAUGGCAUUAACCGGCCUCUCAUCAAGCCCCAGAAAAGGCUGUCCUCCUCUAGACGUGCCGGUCUCUGCUGCACUAACUGCCAUACGACCAACACUACGCUCUGGAGACGGAAUGCAGAAGGGGAGCCCGUCUGCAACGCAUGUGGAUUAUACAUGAAACUGCAUGGGGUACCCAGACCUCUGGCAAUGAAAAAAGAAAGCAUCCAGACAAGGAAGAGGAAACCUAAAAAUAUCACCAAAGGAAAAUCCUCAACAGGGUCCACCAAUUCAACCACCAAUUCCCCUUCCUCCAUCACAAAUUCUGAAAGCACCGUCACUUUAAAAACGGAACCCUCUGUAACAUCGCAAUAUCCAGGGCAGUCGAUCGUGGCAGCUUCCCAGGGUCCAGGCCAAUCUGAAGAUGCGCUGGCUGACAGCCACACCCAGUUCAAGUACGAGCCAGAGGACUACGCCUUCUCUGCGGCCACCAUGACCCAGCAGUCAGGACUCAGCGUUUCUCUUCGCCAAGACUCUUGGUGCGCCCUGGCACUGGCCUAGGAAACUGGUCUUCCAUUUUAAAAACUGAAAUCAGGCAGCAGAUGAACCUGUUGUUCCCAUGAUGUCAGUGGAUAGCAGGCAAAAAAAGAGGACCUUCCUACCUUAGUACUUUGGGUAAUCCAUGUGGGCCUGUGUUUCUAAACGCUGGCUCCUUUUUCCUUGGAAGAUGCACCAUUCGAACUGAAUAUGGCCAAUUGCCUACCUUUUGACACAUCUGACUCUAUGGGUCUCUUCUGCUCUCUAAAAGUUUUCAAAUUUUACCAGCACCAAUCGAAAGCGGGAAGAAACCCAGACCUCUGUUCGGAGGAGGAGAUAUCUAUCUUCCCCAUGAUCCAUUUUAAAGAAAUGAAUCUCAGAAUCUAUACUUUUGUUCACAGUGAUUUCAACCCCCCUCUUUUUAUGACUCCCCUGUGUGCAAUUUUACUCCACUUCCCAAUAAAGACUAUAAUAGAAAGUGGCACCAAGUAACUUAAUUUUAUUAAAAUGUAAACAGCCUUGCCUUCCUAAUGUUUACUGGUGUGGGCAAGGCGAAGGGGAGAGGAAGGAGAGGAAAAUAAACCUGUUUUAAAACAUUUGCUGUUUUAUAUUAAAAAGAAAAUAAUUCUGAUAGUGUGUUACCUUUCUGGAGUGUCUAAUUUAUCACCAUUUUGAAAAAAUAAAUCACACAGAGAAAUUCUCUUGAACUGCUCUUCCAAGCAUUCUGUUGAAGAACGUUUCUCAACACAACAGCCCAUCACACUGUAGCAGAGGUGAGGCCACUCCCAGCCAUCAGUCUAGCUGCCACAUUGUGGAUUAAGACUUUCAUUGCCUACUUGUCAUAUUAUACACCCAGGGUAUGGUCUGAAGGCACAUGAGGUCACCAUCUUGCUGAGGUUCAGCAGGUCUGGGUCUGAUCAGGGCCUGGAACCCCAUGCCCACCACCCUGGACUCCCUGGCUGGAGAAAGGUAGGGUACAAAUGUAAGAAAGUGAAUGAAUCUGAGUUAGUAUGCCUCUGAAUGCCAGUCACUGGGGAACAUGAGCCAGAGUUCACACUGAUGUUCCACAUCAUAGGGGUCUUCCUAUAGUCCAUAGCUGCCAAGUCUCCCGUUUUCC